AUGAUUCUCAGAGAUGAGAAACAGAGAUUAUGGCCAGUGCAGGUAGGACCGCUGGGACAUCACUUUGCAAUUACCAGGGGAUGGCGACAGUUCAGAGAAGCAAAUAAUGUCCAAGUAGGAGAUACUUAUAAAUUUGAACUCAUCGACAAUGGCACAAUACCUGUAGCGCAUUUCUACUCAGAAAAUGCCUUGGGCUGUUAUAACAUUCUGCAGGUAAAUAUUCUGGGAAGGAUGCCAAGCAUCAGAGAAGUCAUUGACAAUGUAAAGAAGCAGUUGAAAAUUCCUCGUGGUUUCUUGAAGUAUCUGAAGGGACAUGAAGAUAUUGAACAUGCAGUAUUGAGAAGGGUUAGUAAGCAGUGGCAGGUGAAGGUGAACGGCCGACGACUUGAAGAUGGUUGGGAAAAGUUUGCAGAGGAGCAUGAUUUGCAGUUAGGAGAUUUGUUGGUGUUCAGACAUGAAGGGAACAUGGAGUUUGAAGUUUCCAUAUUUGAUUCAAGUCACUGCGACAGAGAAUAUUCGGAGUAUUUGCAACAAGAAGAAGAAGAAGAAGAAGCCAAUAAUGUUGAAGAGACUUCCAAGAAUCUUGAAUUUGAAGAGCGACCGAGCCCCAGCAUCGAGUUGUCAGACCAUGCAGAAGCUGCUACUCACAAGCCUUUUGGUCAUUCUAGUUUUGUUUGCACCAUCAAACCAUAUUGCCUUACAUACGGUUUCUUAUAUGUUCCUAAACAUUUCGCAUCGGCAAAUGGUUUCAAGACAAACAAGAAGUGCAGUCUGAUCAUAAAAGAUGAAAGGCAAAACUCGUGGACUUUAAGGUUAAGUUGUUGUAAAACUCAAGUCUACAUUGGAGAUGGCUGUCGUAAAUUCGUUGCUGAUAAUUGCUUAAAGGAGGGAGAUCGUAUUAUGUUUGAGGUUGUUACUGAUGGAGAAAUACCUGUAUGGAAAUUUCAUGUUGUUACUGAUGCAGAAACUCCAAGGCAGAAGUUUCAAAAAAAUGCUACAGAAAAACCAGAGCCCAACAUCAUGUCAUCACACAAGGUUUUCCCUGAUGCAGAAGCGUGUAAGGAUGUGCCUCUGGGUCGCCCUCAUUUAAUUUCUACUGUCAAACUGUUGCGGAAGCCAAAU